CACACGCAUACAUUUAGGUUGUUCAAAUUCAGUACUGUAUGCGCAAACGUGUCAGUUUCGCAUUCGACGUUAGCUGUUUUAGCAAUGCUAUUGUAACCAUUUUCCAUGCAUAUCCUCAACAGAAUACAAACUCCAAGCAAUAAAUUAUUAUUUUUAUUAUUGAAAUGUGCAAAAUAUAAAGUGAAUUAAUAAUAAUAAUAAUACAUAUUGUGAUCGAAUAUAAUAAAAUCUAAAAUAAACAGACCCGAGAUAGAUAGAUAGAUAGAUAGAUAGAUAGAUAGAUAGAUAGAUACAUAGAUGUUUGUAGAUUGACUGAUAGGCAUUGAAGAAACAAUAAGAAAAAAUCAUGCGAAACUAAAUUGAUUGAUGAAAGGCUAGUAAGACAACACUAACCCUAACAAAGGGUAAAUUAAAUACAUCUGCACCAUGCUGCUUUCUAUUGAUUGCUAAAUGCCACGCCUAAAGAAUUGCAUGCACGGAAGCCUUAUUCAUUUCUCUGCACAAUAACAACCGGUCACCAAAACGCUGGGUAUGAAUAAUGAAGCAUGAUUGCAUACAAGCAGCAAAAUAGCUGAAAACAAUCAAUAUGUAAGACAAUAAUUGCGGGUUUUGAGCAGUAUUGGAGGGGAUCCCGAGGAUUUGUUUAUUUUUUAUUUUUUGGAAGACAAGUCACCAACGAGGGGCAGUAGUGCUCCUCUCGCUCAGUCCCAAUAUUGCCGUACGUGUAUAAAUCUGCAAGCACCUCCCUCCUAUUCAGCAGUUGUUGCAUCGACCCCGUUGGGUACAACACGCAACCCAAAUCUUUUUCUUCCUCCUCUCUCCUGCUUUGAGCCCUCGACGAAAACAUGCGCGAGUGUAUCUCCAUCCACGUUGGUCAGGCUGGCGUCCAGAUCGGCAAUGCAUGCUGGGAGCUGUACUGCCUGGAGCACGGCAUCCAGCCGGACGGACAGAUGCCCAGCGACAAGACUCUCGGAGGCGGCGAUGAUUCCUUCAACACCUUCUUCAGCGAGACUGGAGCUGGCAAACACGUCCCCAGAGCUGUCUUUGUGGAUCUAGAGCCCACCGUCAUCGAUGAGGUGCGCUCUGGAACCUACCGCCAGCUCUUCCACCCCGAGCAGCUGAUCACCGGCAAGGAGGACGCCGCCAACAACUACGCCCGCGGACACUACACCAUCGGCAAGGAGAUCAUUGACCUGGUGCUGGACAGGAUCCGCAAACUGGCCGACCAGUGCACUGGCCUCCAGGGCUUCUUGGUGUUCCACAGCUUCGGAGGUGGUACCGGCUCCGGUUUCACCUCCCUGCUGAUGGAGCGCCUGUCUGUCGACUACGGCAAGAAGUCCAAGCUGGAGUUCUCCAUCUACCCGGCUCCCCAGGUGUCCACCGCUGUGGUGGAGCCCUACAACUCCAUCCUGACCACUCACACCACCCUCGAGCACUCAGACUGCGCCUUCAUGGUGGACAACGAGGCCAUCUACGACAUCUGCCGCAGAAACCUCGACAUCGAGCGUCCUACUUACACCAACCUGAACAGAUUGAUCAGUCAGAUCGUAUCCUCCAUCACUGCCUCCCUUCGGUUCGAUGGUGCCCUCAAUGUUGAUCUGACAGAGUUCCAGACCAACUUGGUGCCCUACCCCCGUAUCCACUUCCCCCUGGCCACCUACGCCCCCGUCAUCUCCGCUGAGAAGGCGUACCAUGAGCAGCUCUCUGUGUCAGAAAUCACCAACGCCUGCUUUGAGCCUGCCAACCAGAUGGUCAAAUGUGACCCUCGCCACGGCAAGUACAUGGCCUGCUGCUUGCUCUUCCGUGGCGACGUGGUGCCCAAAGAUGUGAACGCCGCCAUCGCCACCAUCAAAACCAAGCGCACCAUCCAGUUUGUGGACUGGUGCCCCACUGGUUUCAAGGUGGGCAUCAACUACCAGCCUCCCACCGUGGUUCCAGGCGGAGACCUGGCCAAGGUCCAGAGGGCCGUGUGCAUGCUGAGCAACACCACUGCCAUCGCAGAAGCCUGGGCCCGCCUCGACCACAAGUUUGACCUGAUGUACGCCAAGCGCGCCUUCGUGCACUGGUACGUGGGCGAGGGCAUGGAGGAGGGAGAGUUCUCAGAGGCCAGAGAAGACAUGGCGGCUCUGGAGAAGGAUUACGAGGAGGUUGGCGUUGACUCCGUUGAGGGUGAAGGAGAGGAGGAAGGAGAAGAAUAUUAAAAGGCACAAGAAAACAGGAAAUUGAAUUGCUGUGUACUUGAAGGAAUUCCAGACAAAUGUCUGUUGGUCAGUUGCCAGAUUGGCUGUUUAAGAUUCUUACAAAUGUUCAUCUUGGCUCUAAAUAAAAUCCUGUGACAAGU